AUGGUAGACCCUCGUGUCCAGCAUGUUUUCUUCCCAAAGCCAGAACGAAGGAAAGGCAGGCGCAAGUGUGGAAGCCAGAGUUCAGAAGACUCCUUUAACAUCAAGACAGGUAUUCAAAGCUCAAACGCCAAGAGUAUCUUCAAUUACUUGAUCAAAAAUAAGGUUGUGAGCUUGGUUGCAGUGAGCGGUGCGGACCUUAUCAACGGAAUGAUGUAUGGCUGGAGCGUGGUAUUGCCCAAGCUCCAAGAGGACACCAGCAGGUUCACGGUGACCGAGGACGAUGUGUCAUGGCUUGUAUCUGUGGUCUUAAUAAUGGGUUUCAUCACCGCCCCAUUGGCCGGACCUAUGGCAGAGUGCGGGGGUCCGCGACGGCUGCUCAUGAUCAUAACGCUUCCCGUUGCUGGGCUUUGGCUCGUGCAGGCCUACAGCCCUUACCUGUGGCUCCUUUACCUCGCGAGAGCUCUAAUGGCGAUCUGCAGCACAGUGGUGUACACGGUCAUGAACCCGCUGGCUGCAGAAUUGUUUCCGGCCCACAUUAGAGGGGUGGCUACAGCGCUUCCAGAGGUGUUCCUCUGUGCAGGAUUGAUGUUAUCCUAUCUACUAGCUUCUGUUUUACCUUGGGACACGGCUACUGCAGUUUCUGCUGCCCCCUUCCUGCUCCUUUCAGUUAUGAUGCUGCUUGUGCCAGAGUCCCCAUACUGGUUAGUGAGGAAGAAUAAGAUCGACGCAGCUGAGAGAUCUCUCAGACUUCUUUUGGGUCGUGAUGGCAAUGUGGCUAAAGAACUGGAGGUAAUUAUGAGCACGACGGCCCUCAAGCAGAGGGAAAUCAAAGACCAGUUGCGGGAACUAAAGAAAAAACAAAAUGCCUUUCCAGUGCUGCUCUUACUAAGCAUAUUUAUCCUGAGAGAACUCGGCGGGAAAGGACCGGUGUUCUACUACACAGUGUAUAUGUUCCGCAAGGCGGGAGUGCAGAUGAAUGCUUUCUAUUGCACAGUGUUUAUAGGCAUUGGUCGACUUGCAAGCACAUGUGUGUCUGCUUGCAUUCUGGACGUCUUGGGGCGUAGACCCUUACUUGUGGCAACAGCACUGAUCUGCGCUGUGUCAGAGGGCGUCGCUGGAGCCUUCCUGAUCUUGGAGGUAGAAGGAACUGAAUGGGUGCCCUUGGCGUCCGUGAUAGUCUUCGUGAUCAGCUAUGGCAUUGGUCUGGGACCCAUUCCAUGCGCGUAUCUCGGCGAACUCCUCCCUACACCCGUCAGGUCUCUAGGAGCUUCACUAAUAAUUUUCGCAUAUUCUGUUACACUGUUCACCAUAAGCCUCGUGUUCCUGAAGGAGAUAUCUUACCUGGGCCUCGGCCUGACGCUUCUUUUAUAUGGAGGAGCAAAUCUGGCCAUCGUCCCGCUGGUGCUGCUCUUCAUUCCCGAGACGAAAGGGCGAACUUUACAAGACCUGGAAAAGGCCUUCACAUCUACGAAGAAAAACGUGCAAGCACAAGGCAACCCUGCAUUUGAAAUAGACAUAAUGAAUUCAGUGGAAAGGCGCCCUCUUCUAGUCGACCCAGUUGCUUGGUGUUACUGGAUCCACACGAACACGAUUAGCUUCAAGGGACUUCAUCUUCUUGAUAUUUCAGUUCUUGAUUGGCCUUCAGAAGUACAACACAGUAAAUGGAACACACGAGACAAUGUCUUGACGGGUUCUGAGUGUGAACUGAAGACCGGGUCAUCCUCAGGCACAAAUAGCGACCACCAGAAACAAGGCGUGGGACAGCAGCUGCAGGAAAUCUGGGAGAGUGAGUUCACUCCCAGGAGUCACCGUGCCCAAGUCAACGCCAGCCGCCCGCCCCCUCACUCUCACCUUGGUUUCGCUAGAACCCGGGGUUGCGUAAAUCGCCUAAUAUAUCUACGCUCCGACGUUACGAAAGUAGAUUCACGUAAAACCGAUACAGGUAAAACCGAGUUGGUGUGA